ACCCUUCAUGAUGCUGUGGAGAGGACACUGAAACAUGCCGUAGAGGAGGAGGAGAAAAUCCCGCUGUCUUCUGUAACCAAUUUCGAAGAGGUGUGUGCGGAGAUAAAGAAGAAGUUGAUACACCUCAGAGACUGCCCCAGUCGGCUGGAAAGCCCCAUUAUAUAUCACCUGGAUGUGGGUGCCAUGUACCCAAACAUCAUUCUCACCAACAGACUACAGCCCCCAGCCAUAGUUGACGAGGAGACUUGUGCUGCGUGUGACUUCAACAGACCUGGAGCCAGAUGUCAGAGAAACAUGCCCUGGAUGUGGCGAGGAGAGUUCAUGCCAGCCACAAGAAAUGAAUUUUACCGCAUACAACAGCAGCUGGAGAAUGAGAAGUUCCCUCCCUUGUUUCCAGAUGGUCCGCCCAGGGCUUUUCACCAACUGCCAAAAGAGGAGCAAGCAGCAUUGGAGAAAAAGAGGCUUGCAGGCUUGACAAAGGUGUGGAAGAACAAGCUUGGCGAGGCAGAGAAGAAAAAUGAUGCAGCAGAAAUCAAACGAGCCAACGGUUUGUUGGUGCUGUAUGACUCCCUGCAGCUGGCCCACAAGUGUAUUCUCAACUCCUUCUAUGGCUACGUCAUGAGGAAAGGGGCUCGGUGGUACAGCAUGGAGAUGGCAGGAAUUGUGUGUUACACUGGAGCAAACAUCAUCACCAAAGCUCGAGAAAUUGUGGAGCAGAUUGGGCGGCCACUGGAGCUGGACACAGAUGGCAUAUGGUGUGUACUGCCAGCCAGCUUCCCUGAGAACUACACUAUCAAAACCGACAACCCUAAAAAAGCAAAGGUCACCAUCUCCUACCCCGGCGCCAUGUUGAAUGUCAUGGUGAAGGAUUACUUCACCAAUGACCAGUACCAAGAGCUGACCGAUCCAGCCACACUGACUUACACUACACGAAAUGAGAACUCUAUCUUCUUUGAGGUGGAUGGGCCGUAUCAGGCCAUGAUUCUGCCAGCGUCCAAGGAAGAGGGCAAGAAGCUGAAAAAGCGAUAUGCUGUCUUCAAUUUCGAUGGCUCAUUGGCUGAACUCAAAGGCUUUGAAGUGAAGCGUAGAGGAGAGCUGGAACUGAUCAAAAUAUUUCAGUCAUCUGUGUUCGAGGCCUUCCUCAAGGGGAGCUCACUGGAAGAAUGCUACAGCUCUGUAGCAAAAGUGGCUGACUACUGGCUGGAUGUUCUCUACAGCAAGGCGGCUAACAUGCCAGACUCAGAACUGUUUGAGCUGAUCGCUGAGAACCGAAGUAUGUCUCGUAAACUCGAUGACUAUGGAAAUCAGAAGUCUACCUCCAUCAGCACUGCAAAGCGACUUGCAGAGUUCCUCGGAGACCAGAUGGUUAAGGACACAGGCCUGUCUUGCAGGUUCGUCAUUUCUAAGAAACCAGAGGGAGCACCUGCAGAGCCGUCCAUUAGAAAACACUACCUCAAAAAAUGGUUGAAAGUCUCGGAUGCUUCAAAUCUGGACAUAAGAGAUAUCCUUGACUGGGGGUACUACGUGGAGAGACUGGGAGGUUGCAUUCAGAAAAUCAUUACCAUUCCUGCAGCCUUGCAGUCAGUUUCAAAUCCAGUUCCUCGUAUUCCACAUCCUGACUGGCUGCGGAAGAAGAUGUUGGAGAGAAAUGACGUGUACAAGCAGAAGAAGAUCAGUGAAAUUUUUGCACCAUCUACCCGUGAAAAGAUCACCGACAAAGCUGAAGAAAAGAGUCAUGUGGAAGAUUCUGCACAAGAGCCAACAAUUAGAGACAUUGAAGAUACAGCAGGUGGUUCCAAAAAAACUCCCAGACUUGUUGGUAUGGCCAUUUCACACAAAAGAAAAAGAGGGUUAUCUGGGGAAGAGACAGGUCAGCAUGCAGCCCCAGAAGAUUGGAGAGCAGUCCUGGGACCUAUGCCUCCAGUCGGAAAAACAAAGGAAGAAAGACGACUUUGGGUUGAAUACCAGAAAAAAAAGUGGGCAAUUCAACACCAGAUUCGACAAGAGAACAAACGUCGCCGUAUGGAUGACACAGACUUUCCUGCUGACGUCAGAGCUGGCCCCAGUAGAGGAUUGACCGGCUUUUUGAGGAAAACAGCACGGUCUAUGAUGGAUAUGCCCUGGCAGAUUGUACAGAUCAUGGAAACAUCACAUCCAGGUCAGUUCAAAUUGUGGGCCCUUAUUGGAUCAGAUCUACACGCCAUCAAGCUGAAUAUCCCCAGGACUUUCUAUGUCAAUCAGAAAACUCCCAAGGAAGGAGAAGGAGCCAUGUGGAAGAAAGUGCACCGAACCCUGCCUCGGUCCCACCCGGUGUUUAACCUCUAUCAAUAUGAUGUUCCUGAAGAUUUAUACAUAAAGCAUAUCAAUGACAUCACAGCUGACUUGGCAUCACCUGACAUUGAGGGGGUGUAUGAAACUCAGGUGCCGUUGGAAUUUCGGGCCCUUGUCAAACUCGGGUGCCUAACUACAGUCAACAGGGAGUUUGCUCGCAGCAUGGAAGGCAGAGAAACAGACACGUUUGAUGUGAACAAUCUCAAUUUCCGAAGCGUAGCCCAGUUCCCCUACCUCAGCCAGGGCUCAGUCAAACAUCUGUACCUGUACCAUCAUAAAUGUGGCAACAAAGCCAUCUUUGGUCUGUUUAACCCUGCUGGAAAAAGUGCCUCAGUAUUUGUGUUUGAUACAGCCAUCGGAGAUCAAAUGCCUAGUUUAGGCCCUUUGUACACAGCUGAGAGAAAUGCCAAACUGGUUCAGGGCACAGAUGAAGAGCUGCUGCCACCGACCAGCCUGACAUUUAGUGUCUCUCUCAGCAAAACAGCAAACGAACGGCAGAAAUUUGCCCAGCUUCAGCGGAUCUUGACGGAUUAUAAGAGAGAGAAAAGGGGACCGACCUUCAUUGCUGUUCAGAGUGCUUUUGACUUGACUCAUCUAACUAAUCUGUUACCGGAGAUUGGGCAGUUUCCUCUGGUGCCCAUACAUGUCACAGACAGCACAACACUCUACAACGUACUGGACUGGCAAAGAGUGGGCUGUCGACGUAUGCUCCAGCAUUAUGUUAACAGUAACAUAUACAUACAAUCUCUGUUGGAACAAGCCCGAUACCUCCACGUACCUGUCGGCAACAUCCCACAGGACUUCGCCAUGUUUGGUUGCGAUCUGUUUUUGGCCCGACUUGCAACAAAGCACAACCACAUCCUGUGGGCCUCUCCUACUCAUCGGCCAGAUUUGGGAGGCAAAGAGGCAGAUGACAACAGGUUGUGUAUGGAACUGGAAGAUAGCAGUCUGGUUGAGAUGAACAACCCUGGAGCAUACAGCACCGUCUGUGUUGAUGUGGAGCUGACCAGUCUCGCAGUAAAUACAAUAGUUGAG